GUCGUCGUCGUCGUCGUCGUCGUCGUCGUCGCACUAUAUCAGUCUCCGCCUGCCGGGAGUCGCGGAAUCAUUCGCUGCAGAUCUCUCUCUCUUUCUCACUCCUAUCCACUUCCUUGUACACACGUACACACCAAACCCCCUCUUCUCAUCUCCCGGAUUCAACCUCUCUUCAGCCGUCCCACUUCCUCAUACCACCUGGUCGUCGCAUCCCCGGUCCCUGCCUCUUUCCGCACCUAGAGGUCGAGCGAGCUCUUCUUGCUAAACACGUCCACUGCUGACGAUCGGCAAUGUCUGCCGAGCGAGCCGUCGACGUAGCCACCAUCAACACCAUCGACGACAACGGACAGCAUGUUCACUCGGGUGCUGGGACGAUCUUGAAUACCACGGAUCAGGGUUACGGCGAAUCCAGGUCUUCGCAAUACGAUCAAGGCGAAGGAAGGGAAAGUCAUCAACGUCUAGUUGCGAGCAUGGAUCGUUACCCGCCGCAAUCGCAAUCGCAACUCGAGUCCGGAUCAGACCUGCCCAUCAUCACAAUGUCGAAUCCAUCAUCCGACUUGGCUCCUGCGAUUCCGACUACUAGCACGUCGGUAUCCGCCGAUCCUCACACGGCCUCCGAGCCUCCCUUCAACCUCCAGAUCGCGGAACUCAUCCCCAACAACGAUACCACCAACAUCAACACCAACAAAUAUAACAAUAAUGAUGCUCUGGACCUAGAACCGAUCGACGUCAAACAUCCCAUCAUACAUGUAGAUAGCCCGAGGAGCUCGUUGGAACGGGAGAAGGGGGAGAUCAAGCAUCGGGCUUUGGAACCCGUGAUGGAGGGACCAAAGCUCAAUAUUCGGAUCCUCCUCAUGUCCGGUCAAUCCCACACAUUCGCUUUUCCACCGACGACGACGAUCGGGCAUCUGAAGGAUCUGGUUUGGGGAGAAUGGCCGGCAGAUUGGAACCCUGAGCCAGGCAGACCCCCAGCGCCCAAUUAUUUCAGGCUGUUAUUCAUGGGCAGGAUGUUGACGGAUCCCGAAGUACUCUCUGCGCUCAACCUGAAACCGGCACCGAACUCUACCAUUGUGCAUUUGUCCAUCCGGACGUUCGCACCUGCUCCUGAAGAACCGCCCAAGAAAUCCAUCCUCCCCUUCUCACUACCUACCAUCCCUCGACCCUCGGGAUUGUCUUCCAGGCAGAACUCGAGCAACAUCCCGACUACGGCCGCUCCUGGUUCAGGGACCGGCGGGAGUCCGCACGUCCCGCCCGGAGCGAGGGCUGAAUCUACUUCUGCAAUCGGAGCAGGGGCGGGGAACACGACAGCGACGCAGGGGACCACGGGGCAGACUGGGAGGAGGGCGGCCGGGGGUGAUGAGCACGGAGGGGGUUGCAAGUGCUUGAUCCAAUGAUACCAUUGAGACCGAUCGGCAUAUAGAAGGCAACAGACGAAAAAGUACAAGUACGACAGGAUCCGGAGCAAGACAAGAAGCGAUCUUCCAAAUCGGUCCCGCUAUUUCGGACCCCAUCACGCUAUACACUCCGGACCUGACGGCAUCUAUCAAGGAUGGAUCUUUCUAUCACAUCUCUCUCCUCUUUCUCGAUGCAUCCUCUCACAACAAACAAGGUUGUAUUCUUCCAGUUUUAUGGACUGUCUCAAUACGUCAGCAGUAGUUUCCAUUCUUACCCUAGGCCGGACUAGGGAGGUUUCACAGUAGGAAAUCGGGUUCCUCUCCUGCGAUCAGGCUGCACG